AUGACCUUGCUGGAUGUGUUUCCCCCAGCUGCCAUGGCCUCUGCUGUGCCUGAGGAGAAGGAGGUUGCCCAGAGCUCCCCAGAGGAAGAACAGGAGGCUGCAGUGAAGGAGGUGGCCAAUCUGAGCCUGGUGAGCUCUGCCUGUGACGUGGUUUCUGCAGCUUACACCUCCACCAAGGAGAGCCACCCCUACCUGAGUUCUGUGUGUGCUGCUGCAGAGAAGGGAGUGCAGAGUGUGACCCAGGCCAGCUGUGUGCAGCCAGUGCUGGCCACCCUGGAGCCCCACGUUGCUGCAGCAAGUCAGUAUGCUUCCAAGGGCUUGGAUAAACUGGGGGAGAAGCUGCCACUCCUUCAAAAGCCAGUGGAACAGAUUCUCUCUGACACAAAGGAGCUGGUGUCAUCCAAAGUGGCUGAGGUGAAGGAGGCUGUGAGCAGCAGAGUGCUGGAGGUGCUGGAGGUCACCAAGGACACUCUGCAGAGCAGCGUGGGGGCUGCCAGACCCGCAGGGACUGGUGCUGCUGGGCUGGCUCUGGAGCCUGCAGCGGGACAGACGGGUGCCUGUGGGGCAGAGGAUGUGCUGGGGAGAGCAGAAGAUGACUCUCUCCCUAUUGGAAAUGAGGAGUUAGCCCAGCUGGCCGUGUGUGAGGAGGGCAUGGAUGUGCUGCCCCUGGAGCAGCAGCGCCGCCACAGGAGGUACUUUGUGCGCCUGGGCUCUCUCUCAGAGGAGCUUCGCCUCUUUGCCCACCUGCACUCCACAGCCAGGAUCCAGCAGGUCUGGCAGGGCAUGCAGGGGGCCCUGGCACAGCUCCACUGCAUCCUCGAGCUGAUUGAGGCGUUUAAGCAAGGAUUUAAUCAAAAGCUGCAGGAGGGGCAGGAGAAACUCUACCGGAUGUGGCUGGACUGGAGUAGGAAGUAUCUCACAGAGAGUGGAGAUGAAAGCCCUGCAGAGCCAGAGGAGAUGGAGUGUCUGACCCUGCUGAUGGCUCGCAGGAUCACCCAGCAGCUGCACCUCACCUGCUGUGGGCUGGUGGCUGCCAUCCAGGGCCUUCCCUGCAGCCUGCAGGACAAGCUCAAGCAGGCCCUCAGUGCCAUCAAAGAGCUGCACACUGCCUUCUCCGUGGCGAGCUCCUUCCAGGAUUUGUCCAGCAGUGUCUUGACACGGAGCCAGAGGGAGCUGGCUGUGAUCCAGGAGCACAUGGAGGAGCUGCUGCACUACCUCAAGAACAACGCUCCUCUGUCCUGGCUGGUGGGACCCUUCUCCCCCAGGGAGGAGAGGAAGGAUCAAACCUUCCAGGAGGAAGAGGCAGCAGGAGCUGGGCACCUGGAAACCUCCAGCACCCCCACAUAA